UCAAACUGCACAAACACCCCAUGACAUCUACGUGACGCACUCUCUGCCCUGCUCACUCUGUUGCCCUAGGGCGGGUAUAAAUGCCGGUACCGCUGCAAGGUGCGAGCCACAUCACCAUGCAGGCCUCUUUGGUGUGCUUCGUGUGCCUGUGCGGCAUGUGGGCGGUGGCCGAGCCGCAGAUUGGAGGGCUCCUGGCAGGCGGUGCCCAGACCAUCGGCCAGGCCGCAGGCAGCAUCGCCGGUGCGGGAAACGUCGGAGCGGGCGGGUCUGAAACCUACGAGAUAGAUUCGCCACUCCUAGGGCACAUUAAGGUGCAUAAAGAAGGCCAGGUUGGUGCCAGUAGCGCGGUCGGAGCACAGGCUCAGGGCCUGACGAUGGGCGCCGUGCAGCAGACGGCUGCCUUGCCCGUGGCCCCAGGAUUCGGCCAGCCCAUCGGCCAGACCCUUGGCCAGCCCUUCGGCCAGCAGCCCUUCGGUGGGGUAUCCGCAGGCGCGCCGACGUCCCCGUUCUUCUCCGGGUAAAGACUGUCGAGAAGGCGAGCGCAGCGGCGGGCAAGGCGUCUCUUCCACAGACUGAGACUGAGGGGCAACCUGUGACUCAACAGUAAAACAAUUGAGGAAACAUCUUAAACAGAGCUCGUGUUCGCUCUUCCUUCCACACCCUUCCUCUGAACACACGCACUUCCUUUCCUUUUCUGCCAGUGGAGGGGGAAAGGGGGGGGGGGGUUCAAGCAAUGUCCUACCUGAAAUGCUGGAGUGAUGUAUCUCGUCUGUAAACAGUUGCGGAAUUUCUCGUUGCCCAAUUUAAGCGAUAUCUAUUUUCGUCGCUCGAUCUAAGUGAUGACGAUGGGAAAAUACCAGUCCAUACCAGAGGUGGCACACAGAGAAAAUGGUUCCAUUGAACUAACGGUAGUCCCCUUCUUAUUCCAACGGAAAUUUCCGUUCAUAUAAACAUGCUAGAAUUUUAAUUUGAAGGAGCUUUCUUUGUUUUAAAGGAUGAUUCUUCACCCUAUGGCCAUUUUUCCUUUAAAGCAUAUGCAAAUCACAUGAAUCAAGAGAAAAAUUCUAGCAUAACAUCAGACAUAAAAUCAACGGAACCGUUUUCUGGGUGCAGGUGGCUGCGCACUUUUUUGUAGUUAUACUGUGCGACAUGUACGCGUGCGGGUGGGUUACCUACUCGCACGUGGUAGCAAGGAUCCGUGGUAGACGAGGAUACGCACACCCUCCCGCACCCAUGCGAGGGGGAGAUCACUUCAAAAAUCAAAUCAAAAAGUCCAAAUGAUAUCAAGAAAUCAAAAUGAAAUCACAAAAAAAUCACGAAAAAGUCAAAAUGACAUCAAAAGAAUUAAAAUCAAAUCAAAGAGCUCAAUAUAAAAUCAAAAAAUAAUCGUAAAUAAGUUUGAAUCUAAGUAACCUAAUCGGGAAAAAAUCAGAAUAAAAGGAACUGAAAU